GAAAAUAUCAAGCUGUUUUCAAGAAUUCUGGAUUAAACUGCCUCCCUCACACUGUACUCAGGGGUGCUUCCUUGAAGAAUUGAAAGCAGAAAGAUGUGGGAGCUGAGAGUUAAGCCGAACAAAAGGUAUCAUUGAAACUUUUCAAGAACAUCCAAUCGAAUUCCACGAGGAUUGGUGAUCACCCAGAAGGCUCAGACAUCAGAUUGCUUACCUAUCCAGACAUUAUCUGGUCUUCCUAAACCUGAAACCUCACCAUGGAUGAUUUUGAACGCCGCAGAGAACUUAGGAGGCAAAAGAGAGAGGAGAUGCGGCUUGAAGCAGAAAGAAUUGCCUACCAGAGGAACGACGAUGAUGAGGAAGAGGCGGCCCGGGAACGGCGCCGCCGAGCCCGACAGGAAAGGCUGCGGCAGAAGCAAGAGGAAGAAUCCUUGGGACAGGUGACCGACCAGGUGGAAGUUAAUGCCCAGAACAGUGUGCCCGACGAGGAGGCCAAGACAAGCACCACAAACGCUCAGGUGGAAGGGGAUGACGAGGCUGCCUUGCUGGAGCGCCUGGCUCGGCGGGAGGAGAGACGCCAGAAACGCCUGCAGGAAGCUCUGGAGCGGCAGAAGGAGUUCGACCCAACAGUAACAGAUGCGAGUCUGUCGCUCCCCAGCAGAAGAAUGCAAAAUGACACGGCAGAAAACGAAACUGCAGAGAAGGAAGAGAAAAAUGAAAGUCGCCCAGAAAGAUACGAGAUAGAGGAAACACAAAUAGUGACCAAGUCCUACCAGAAGAAUGACUGGAGGGAUGCUGAAGAGAACAAGAAAGAAAAGGAAAAGGAGGAGGAGGAGGAGGAGGAUGAGAAGCCAAAGCAAAGGAGCAUUGGAGACAAUCAGGUAGAGGCGAUGGUAGAAGAGAAUACAGCAGAAAGCCAAGAGGAAACAGUGGUAAUGUCAUUGAAAAAUGGGCAAAUCAGUGCAGAAGAGCCUAAACUAGAGGAGGAGAGGGAACAAGGUUCAGAUGAGAUUCCCCAUAACGAAAAGACGGAAGAUGAGGACAGGGAAAGAGCUGAGGCUGAGAGGGCAAGGUUGGAAGCAGAAGAAAGAGAAAGAAUCAAAGCCGAGCAAGAGAAAAAGAUAGCAGAUGAGCAGGCAAGAAUUGAAGCAGAAGAAAAAGCAGCUCUCCAAGAAAGAGAAAGGAGGGAGGCAGAGGAGAGAGAAAGGAGGGAGGCAGAGGAGAGAGAAAGGAGGGAAACAGAGGAGAGAGAAAGGAAAAAGCAGGAAGAGAAAAGGGCAGCAGAGGAGAGGCAGAGGGCAAAGGCAGAGGAGGAGAAGGCUAAGAUAGAAGAGCAGAAACUCAACAAGCAGCUAGAAGAGAAAAGACGCACAAUGCAAGAGACAAAGGUACAAGGGGAAAAGAUAGAAGGGAAACAGGUAAAUGAAAAGAAAGCGCAAGAAGAUAAACUCCAGACACCUGUCCUAAAGAAACAGGAAGAAGAAAAGGGAGCUAAAGUACAAGCUAUAAGAGACAAGUCCCAAGAAGACAAGCCCGCCUUCAAAAAACAAGAGAUCAAAGAUGAGAAGAUUAAAAAGGACAAAGAGCCCAAAGAAGAAAUUAAGAGCUUCAUGGAUCGAAAGAAAGGAUUUACAGAAGUGAAGUCACAGAAUGGGGAAUUCAUGACCCACAAACUUAAACAUGCUGAGAACACUUUCAGCCGCGCGGGAGGCAGGGCGGGCGCGGACGCCAAGGAGGCCGAGGGCGCGCCGCAGGUGGAGGCCGGCAAGCGGCUGGAGGAGCUCCGCCGCCGCCGCGGGGAGACGGAGAGCGAGGAGUUCGAGAAGCUCAAACAGAAGCAGCAGGAGGCAGCCCUGGAGCUGGAGGAGCUGAAGAAAAAGCGGGAGGAGCGAAGGAAGGUCCUGGAGGAGGAGGAGCAGAGGAGGAAGCAGGAGGAAGCCGAUCGGAAAGCCCGAGAGGAGGAAGAGAAGAGGAGACUAAAGGAAGAGAUUGAAAGGCGAAGGGCAGAAGCUGCCGAGAAACGCCAGAAGAUGCCAGAGGACGGCUUGGCGGAUGACAAGAAGCCAUUCAAGUGUUUCACUCCUAAAGGUUCAUCUCUCAAGAUAGAAGAGCGAGCAGAAUUUUUGAAUAAGUCUGCACAGAAAAGCAGUGGUGUCAAAUCAACUCACCAAGCAGCAGUAGUCUCCAAGAUUGACAGCAGACUGGAGCAGUACACCAGCGCCAUUGAGGGAACGAAAACUGCAAAACCCCCGAAGCCAGCAGCGUCGGAUCUUCCCGUCCCCGCGGAGGGGGUGCGUAACAUCAAGAGCAUGUGGGAGAAAGGCAACGUGUUCUCAUCCCCCACCGCAGCCGGCACUCCAAACAAGGAAACUGCCGGCCUGAAAGUAGGGGUUUCCAGCCGCAUCAAUGAAUGGCUAACUAAAACCCCGGAUGGAAACAAGUCACCGGCUCCCAAACCUUCUGACUUGAGGCCAGGAGAUGUAUCCAGCAAGCGGAACCUCUGGGAAAAGCAGUCUGUGGAUAAAGUCACUUCUCCCACUAAGGUUUGAGACAGUUCCAGAAAGAACCCAAGCUCAAGACGCCGGACCAGCUCAGUUGUAGAGGCCUAAUUUGCUCUGUUUUAUAUUUAUGUCAAUUUACUAAAGUGGGUUCAUUUUGUUUUGUUUUAUUUUUCAAUAUCCCAGUAAACCCAUGUAUAUUAUCACUAUAUUUAAUAAUCACAGUCUAGAGAUGUUCAUGAUAAAAGUACUGCCUUUGCACAGGAGCCUGUUUCUAAAGAAACCCAUGCUGUGAAAUAGAGACUUUUCUACUGAUCAUCAUAACUCUAUGUCUGAACAGUGAUACCAACCACAUCAGAAGUCAGUAAGAAGAGAUUUGAGUUUAAAAUUGCCUGCAGAAUGUGUGCAGUAUCUAGAAAAAUGAACCGUAGUUUUUGUUUUUUUUAAAUACAGAAGUCAUAUUGUUUCUGCACUUUAUAAUAAAGCAUGGAAGAAAUUAUCUUAGUAGGCAAUUGUAACACUUUCUGAAAGUAACCCAUUUCAGAUUUGAUAUACUGCAAUAAUGAUUGUCUGUUGUUUUUUUUUUUUAAGAAAAAAGAAGAUGUACUGUUAAGGUAUUACUUUUUUUCAUGCUAAAUUAGAUUAUAAUGUUAGUUGACAGUGGUACUGAUUUUUUUUUAGGUUGGUUGCUUUGUGGAUUUCUUUGGUAGUGAUCGUAGCCUGAACCACAUUUUAGAUAACCUGAUUAUGUAUGUAUGUGCAUACACAUAUACAAACACACUAAUGGUAGAACGCUUUUUUAGGUGCUAGAUUAUUAUAUUUAGUAGUAUGUCCUUGUAACUAGCCAAUAUCACAGCUUUUUAAAAAUUAAAAAUCACAAUAUUAUAUUAAUAUUUCAUGUUUGCCAAUAGAAACAUGGCAGAUAGGUAUUGAUAUGUUUUCAAUGCCUGAUGACCUGUAAGAAAAAAGUAUUGAAAAAAAGAGAGUUAAGAGGUGUCAAAAUGAGUUGAAAUUUUCUAUAAGACAUAGUAUUUAGUUUAUAGUUAAAGGCAAUCUUGAAGUCCAACAUGAAUUUUGUUAACUGUACCAUCAAGCUGAAAGCCUGCUUAUUUGUAAUAAUAAAGUUCACAAUAGGUUGGCCUAACUGAUAUCUAAGUUCUCUUCCGUCUCUAAACUUUAAAGACAAGAAUUUUAGUGACAGUAUUGUACAAACUGAAAUUUCAUUUAUGGGUCUAAACAAAGACUGACUUCGGCAAAUGCCUAGAAGCAGAGUAGUAAAGUGAACCAAAUCUGGUAUUUAGGAGCCAUGGUAGUACUUUCAUCUUUAUAUACUCUGAAAAUUUUUUUUAAAUUAAACUUUACUACCUGAUUGAGUCAUUGGUACUUGUCAUAUGUUGAUAAUGUGUUGAAAUCUCAAAAAUAUAUGUAACUUUUGCCCAUUUUACUGUUCCCAAGUCUUUAUUGACUCACCAUUUUUACACAUACAACCCAGAUCUUAUUGUAGCCUGUAAGUCUUUAUUCUUCACAGUAGAUGAUAAAAGAGUACUCCAGUGGCAGAAUGUACUCUUGGCAGAAUGUUCUAGUAUAGACACAUACAUAGAGUAUAGUUAUAUAAACUUAUACCUCAGUUGACUUCAUAAAAUUGUCUUAGUCUCAAUUCCUACCGCACUGAGGAAGUCCCCUGAAUAACUGUUUUCUUAUCUAUGAUAUUUCCCCAGAAGAGCUAGCCAAGGCAGGGCUGGCGUGAGGAGUGAUCAUUGCCUCACAAAGUCUAUUGUCUUUAUAAAUCACUAAAGAGUAGCCAGAUCCUCUAGCUUUUAGCAAACCUGGACCAAAGAAAGGAAAGCCACCAAGAUGGUAAAAGUCAUCUACUCAUCACAGAGUAGACAUGCACGAGACUACAAUAAACUUAACUAGAUUUUACAAUAGAAGUGCCGUGUUUAGCAUUGACUCCCAUCAUUGGCGUGAAAUAGAUCAAAGUUUAAGAUUACAGUGCAUUGUUGCACUUUUGAAGAAGAGCUUCUCCUGAUCGCUAUUAUAUAUUUUUCUAAAAAGCCAAAAGUUGAGAAGAGAGUGUAUCAAUCCUGACUUUUAUUCCAGUAUUUGGAUGGAAUAAGUUUUAGGGUGGAAUUUUAUUCAGUUUGGAUUUACUCUUUUGAAAAUUAAAUUCCUUGUUUACUUGUUCUAUUACCGUUGUCUGUUAUCUUUAAGAGGUAAAACUGCAAGCUGACUCGCAUGUUUGUGAAUCUGCCAUUCCUAAAAAUUUUAUAAACACUUGAUACGUUUCACUGAUAAUUGAUCGCUGCAAUAAAAAUAUAUCAUGAAAACGCAUCCACAAUAAAUGGAAUUCCUCCAAAUGUCUUCACUUCACUUAUUUUUAUGUACUAUAUUGAUUGCAAGAGGUAUGUCUAUUGUAAUAAAGAUGAUGGCAUAG